UUUGAAAUCAACGUGAAUGUCACUGCGAAGCCAUCUCGACUAUUUUAAGAUAUUGAUUUUGCUGUUACUACCUACCAUCGCGUCACAGAAAAGCGAAUGACAUCGACAUUAUGAAUAAGAAUAUCGCACCGAGUCAUAGUUUCAUGAGGAGAUGGUUCAACAAAACGUUUCCGUUAUUCUUUGGCGUCAUACUUGGAGUAAUGCUUACAGAAUUGGAGGUAACGAAAUUUGCGAAGAACACGGUAUAUGGCCCUUGGGUUCGACCUAUCAUCAUGAAUCCAGAUAUAACUUAUCACAGUAAUUAUCUAGAAUAUGAAACUUCUACCCCUGAUCCAGUGCAAUUAAAGUCGACAACUCAAAACCAGUCAUUUGUAUGUACCACCACUCACUUAGAUAUGUCAUCAGCUCUCAAAUCGAGUUGGGCUCUUUUCAACGCAACAGGAAAUGAUGGAAUAAAGCAAGGCGAAUACGUACAUGUUGUUGUUGAAACACGUGACGCACGUGAUCACAGAAAACAUGUAGGCGGUGACUUUCUUUAUGGAGUAAUGAAAAACACUAAAUUGAAGAAAAGUACAAGUGGUAGAGUAAUUGACUAUAACAAUGGUACAUAUAGUGUAUAUUUUUUUGCUGGUUGGCACGGAAAAGCCACAAUAACAAUUAUACUUUGGAAUACAAAAGAAGCUAUCCAAUGGUUUGAUACAGUGUACAGAAAAUAUGAACGACGCUACGAAUGGAAAGGGGUCUUUCAACGUGGUAAAAUUACGGAAAAAGGUGUUUGUUACGUUCUCAGAGAUGAAGUAUUAUUAGACAAAUGUGAAUAUCGAAAUGAACAUGCAAUGGGAAGCACGGUAUUCAUGUGCGACAAGCCAGAAAAUAUGUCAUGUGAUUCAUUAUAUCUAAUACAUAAAGGAGCUAAAAGCAAAUUUGCCGAAUCAAUACUACAACCAGAUCAAGAAAUAUUAUUCCAAAAGCCAUACAUGACGUCGGUCAUUUCUGGUAGUCCAUUGGUCAUUUCUAUUAAAGAAGACAGUACAAAACAGGAAGCAGUAUUGGAUGGUCGGCCAUCUUGCAAAGCUAAAUCACCUACACUGAUGUCAACGGGAUUUUGGGAAAACUAUAAUACAUGGAUAUCCCUAGUAUGUAAGACAAGUAACUGGACAGAAACCACUGCACGAACAUGUCUGAGAGGUAAAACGGUUUAUAUGCUGGGAGAUUCUACUUUGAGACAGUGGCAUAUAAGCAUCACAGAGCUUAUGAAACAAGUUAACACCCAUGAAACAGAUAUAUACAAAUCAUGGUCAGACACAACACAUAACAUUUCAGUAAUAUGGAAAUUUCAUCCCUUAAUGAUUGGAAGUAAAUAUAUCCAUUUUUGGGACCAACAAUUUGAAACUGAUGUCAUUGACCGAAUAGAUGGGUGUAAUACAGUGAUUGUUUUGAGUCUAACAUAUCACUUUGUUUCAUGGACUACAAAGUCGUACCUUGAAAGACUGAACCAGGUGAAAAAAGCUGUCAUACGUCUACAAGCCCGAUGUCCAGACACUGUCGUUAUGCUAAAAAGUUCUCAUCCAAGACAGAACGCUCAGAUAGGAUACGUCUACAGCGCCUGGAUUCUAUUUGACAUUAACCGAAUGUUGAGAGAACUAUUUUCUGAUAUCGGUGUUCGUUCUUCUAAGCGUUAUAAAAGUCCCAAACCUCAAGUUAAGUCAGCUGCUAUCUUGGCAUGUGAUCAUAAUGAUUCACAGGAAAUCAGUCCCACCUGUAGUUUAGAAAUUGCAGAUGCAAGUAGGCAUCCAUGUUUACAAGGACGAGAUAGAGUAGAGUUGAAAUGUGGAUAUGAGCUGCCAAUUAUUAGUUUUGCCAGUGUUGCACCAGCUAAUAGAAUGUGUUACUGUGAUCAAGUACUAGCACUUGCUCACGAGUCAGUUAUGGCAGGUAAUCUGGGUGCUAAGAAGACUACAGAUAAAACAGCAACUCAGUUUUAUUGGCCUGGUAUGUAG